UAAGAUGGCGUCUAGUGCUUCUAUUUUUGGCAUAAUAUUGAAAUAGUUCGCCGAAAAUGUUCCAUACUUCCCAUUUACAUAGCUAACGAAUACUGAAACACCAAACAGCAGCCAUGGAUGCGGUUAAAGCCUUCAAUGCAGAGCUCUCUGCCCUGUAUGAGGUGAGACCUCCAAUAUCCAAAGCCAAAAUGACUGCCAUCACGAGAGGUGCUAUCAAAGCCAUAAAGUUCUAUAAACAUGUAGUGCAAAGUGUGGAGAAGUUCAUUUUAAAGUGCAAAUCUGAAUACAAAGUGCCUGGACUCUAUGUAAUAGACAGUAUAGUGCGCCAAUCGAGACACCAGUUUGGUGACAAGGAUGUGUUUGCACCCAGAUUUGCCAAGAAUAUGCAACAGACAUUUGUUAAUCUUUUCAAAUGCCCCGCUGAGGACAAAAGUAAAAUAAUCAGGGUUCUGAACCUUUGGCAAAAGAAUCAGGUGUUCGCUCCAGAAGUAAUACAGCCCCUGUUCGAUCUGACGGACCCCAACAACCCGAUCCACAAAGAAUUAGGCACGCCGAUGCAGUCGAACGGAAUUAAUCAAAACGCCGCAAAAGGUUCCCCCGCACUGCAAAAGACACCGACCAAAGGAAGUCAACCGCAAGGGAAUGAGGUCGCACACGGAGCUUCGAAUUUGAAUUUGACGGACCCAGUGAUUCUGGCCCAGCUUCAGCGCCUGUUGCAGAGGGGCGCAGACAAUUCGGGUAAAGCGGACGGUCAAGUGCACUUCGACAAGAAACUGCUCGAUUAUGAUUACGGCGACGAUGACGAAGAGGUCAAUCCGUCGCCGCGUCCUCCCGCCGAUUCCGUCUCGAGUCUUCUUGCGAAUCCUGAGGUGAUCAGACAUCUGCAGACGAUACAACAGGGCAUGCAGUCGAGUCACCCCGACAUGGACAUGGACAAGAUGAGGAAGCUGCAGGAAAUGAAGCAGCAGGAAGACGAGUUUGAGAAACACCUCGCACAAACCGUGCCGAACUUGCCGUUCGCCGCGGAGUGCGAUUUCAAACCGGGCGGCAACGCAUCGGUGAUGGGCGGCUAUUAUCUGCCGCCCGGCCAAGACCUGACCCUGCCGCCACCCGGCUACAAGACCGCCGAGUACGACAUGUCGCAACCCAACAACGUGGACUAUAGCGGCGGCAAUAACACUAGUGGAGACGUCGAAGUGAUCACCCUGGAUCAUGAUGAUUCACGUAGCGUCUCGCCCGACGACCGAUACAGAGAUCGUAGACGACGAAGCAGAUCUCGGGACAAAUCGCGGGACCGAGGCAGAGACCGCGACAGGGACCGAAGACGACGGUCCCGCGAUCGGUCCAGGUCCAGAGGCAGAAGACACAGGUCCCGUUCCAGAGAUCGGAAUCGGACCAAAGAAAAGGAAAAAGAGAAAGAGACCGAGAAAGACAAAGAGAGGAAGAAGCGUGGUCUGCCUGCGAUCAGAAAGGAGAAUUUGAGCGUGUGCAGUACCACGCUUUGGGUUGGACAUCUUUCGAAACUGGUUCAUCAGGACGAUCUGUCGAAUACGUUUGGCGAGUUCGGCGACGUGGUCAACAUAGAUCUGAUAUCGCCUAGGGGGUGUGCAUUUAUUGUUAUGCACAGGAGACAGGACGCGGCCAGGUGUUUGAACAAACUGAAAAACCACGUGCUUCACGGGAAAGCAAUAACGUUGGCUUGGGCCCCCGGUAAAGGUGUCAAAGGCAAGGACCUAAAGGAUUACUGGGAGGGCGAUCUGGGCGUGUCGUACAUUCCGUGGAGCAAACUCAAGCCGGACAUCGAUUUGGAGAUGCUCGAGGAGGGCGGCAUGAUCGAUGAGGAUACGAUGCCCGAAUGGAUGAAGAACAAAAUGGCAGCAAUGUCUGCCACUCGCAAUCCGAACGCCGCCUACAUGGCACUGACGGACGUGACAGGGGCCAAUCCCGCACCGACCGUCGACACUAGCCAACCGCCGCCCAUACCGGGUGCCGGCCUCCUUCAACCGUCGCUCACGUUGUCGCUCAUGAAUCCGUUCCAAUUCAACAACAGACUGUUGGGACCGGUGGGCAUGAACGUGACCGGUAUGAUGCCGCCCAACAUACCGAUCGGUGUGCCACCACCCAACAUGCCCACGGCGGCCAUGAUGCCCAACCAACUUCUCGGCUUGGGUUCGCCGUUCCAGGGGCCGCCAGGCAUAAUGCAGCAGAUGAUGGACGGCAAAGCCAGUUCGCAGUCAUCGGACUCGAAAGGGUCGUUGUUGAACAUGACACAGCCUUUUGGCAUGGUACCUCAACCUCCAGUCGGCUUGCCGGCACCUCACGAUGAUAAUAUGGACAUUGAGAUGGAGGAUGCGGAAAAGCCGGAAGUUAAGCCAUUGUCGUUGAGUGAGCAGUUGCAGGCGUCGAUGAAUCAGUUUAACAGGGAUGGCGACAAAAGAGACAAUGGCCGAGACGAAAGGGGGAGGAGGCGGUCAAGGAGUAGAGAUCGCGACAGAGAUCACAAUCGAGACAGAGAGAGACGUGGUAGCAGAGAAAGAGAUCGGGAACGGCGUGACUCUAGGGAUACGAGUCGCGGAGGGCGGGGCGAUGGCCGUCGUGAACGCAGGGACGAUCGCCGUGACCGGCCGAACCGCUGGGGUGAUCGGGACAACGGCCGCCGCGACAAUCCCGGCAGGGAGAACGACAUCGAAGGUCGCAGAGAUCGAGAGAAAACGCUCAACGAUCGUCUACAGGAAAUGGCAGGAAUGCCCGACAGGUCGAAUGACCGUCCGGGAAGGGAACGUAAAGUGUCGGAGUCCGGUUCCGUGAAGAAGUUUGGCCAGGAAUUGGCGCCGCCGCCUGACCCGGCCCUCUUUAUGCACGGUGCCGGAGGCCCGCCCGGCGAUUUCGGUCCGCCUUCCGGCGCCGACUUUGGGCCGGCCGGACCCGAUUACGGGAUGCGUGGACCGCCGAUGCGUGGUCCACCGAUCGACGAUUACCCGCCUGAUUUCAAUUCGCGCAUGAACGGUCCGAUGAUGGGUCCGCCAGAUAUGAUGAUGGACGGGCCGCCGGAUAUGAUGGACGGACCGCCGCACUUGAUGGACGGGCCGCCUCACUUGAUGGACGGACCGCCUCACUUAAUGGACGGGCCGCCCCAUUUGAUGGAUGGACCGCCUCACUUAAUGGACGGGCCGCCCCAUUUAUUGGAUGGGCCCCCACACUUAAUGGAUGGGCCGCACAUGGGACUACCUCAUAGGAUGCAUCAUGACGACGGCUUCCGAAGAGGCGGCAGACGCGGCGACUACCGCGACGAAUUCGAAUCGAGGAUGCGCGGCCCCCCCGACUUCUACCCACGCGAUGACUACGGUCCUCGCGGUCCGCCCCAUAUGCGCGGGGGCCCGCCGGACUUCGGACCUCGCGGUCCUCCGAUGAUGCGCGGCGACUUUGGGCCCAGGGGUCCGCCUCGGUUCGGGCCACGGGGACCACACAUGCGAGCCAGAGCACCCCGAUUUGACAGUUUUGGUCCGCGAUUCGACGGUCCGCCGGACUUCUACCGGGGUCCCGGCGGUCCUAGGGGACCACCGCCGCCCGGUAUGUACGACGAACCGCCACAUCUUAUGAGACAUCGGGGCGGCCCGCCGUUCGACGAUCGCCGACGAAGCGGCCGAUCCGAUUUCCACGAGUCCGACGGUCCGCCGGUCGAGAGACCGGAACGGCGUAGCCGGUGGGGUAAUGAUACGCCAACGGCCGACGAGGUGCCGGUAAAACAGGAUGCCGAAGAAGAACAAAAGGACGAGGGCAAAGGUGGUAACUGUACGCCGUUGGUGGAUGAAUGUCCGGUGCCGGGAGAGGAGCCCGUAUCUGUGCCUGUAGUGGAGGAACCACCGGAAGAAUGUGCACCACCAGCGGAACCGGAGGCAGCGCCCCAAGAGGAACCUGUUGAAGAGAAAGCUGAGUAACAUAGAUUAAGUGGGAAGUCGUAUGUUCUAAGCAAUUGGUUUUCACGACAAGCAUGCAUAUUUCAGAAUAUAAACUGGUUGUGUUAAUUGAUUGUCUAGUAUGUAUAAUGUUAAAAUCAUUUUCUCUAAAAUAUCAUUAAGUGAGGCAGUUUGAAGACGAGAUAAAACGCAAUGAAAUCAAUUUUAGUGCGAAUUGUAAUUUAGGCAAUGAAAGUUUUUUGUACAUAAUUAUUUUAAACAGAGUUCUAUUAAUUGAAACAUUGAGAGCUGUAAGUGGAACAAACUAUUGAGGCAUUCAGUAGCUGUGAUGUGAGUGUAGUGAACACAGGUGACCCCCACUCAGGGUUUGUCUUGUUUUUAUAUCAAUAAGGUGCAAAUAAAACGUUUUUAUUUAUUUAUAAAAAUAUUUUAGUCUUUUUUAUCAGAGUUAAAUUUGUUAAGUAAGGAUUAUUAUGGGAUAUUCAGCAAAAGGUAGGUCUCUUGUGUUCACCACAGCUGAGGAGGAGCUCUUGGUGCCUACCUUCAAAUGGAAGGAUAGGUACAAGGUAUGGUUCAAGUUCUCUAUUUUUACCGCAAAAUCGCAAAAUUUAUAGUAAUACAAAAAUCUAUUUUUUAUACAGGAUAUGUCACAUGUUCAAUUUGACCUUUAAAUUGAUCAAUUACAUUUAAUUGAUUAUUAAUUAUUUAAUUAAUAUUUAACAUUUUUGUAUAUAUUACACAAUUAGUAGAUCAAAGAUUAUCAUCUAAUGUAAUAAUCAAAAUUCACGUAUGUAUGUCAUAUUCAUAUUACAAAUUAUUAUAUUUUGUAGGCAAUCACCUAUUGCAUUAUAACAAUGACUAUCCUGCUUCAAAUAUCAUUUUCAUGUGCAUACCUUUUUUUAUUUUGUAUUGCUUUAAAUUCCAUUACCUUGAUUAUUAAAAAUCAACAUUCAUCGAUAUUGAAGAUUUAAUAAAUUUUAUUUAAAUAUUUAUAUAAUGGACACAAUUCUUCAGUGUCGAUGUUUUUGUAAAUAUGAUAUGCUUUAUAAUAUUCUUAUACUACUAUAAAGUAUAUUAUAUUAUAUUGUUUUGACAUUGCUAAAAGCUCUUAGAUUAUAUGUAAAUAAUAUCUAAUAUCUUGAAUUUUAUGUUUUAAACGCAUAUAGUUCUAAUGAAUAACGUGUACAUAAAAAUGUGUACGUGAUUUUAAACGAGUUAUUAUGUAAGUGCAUCAAUUAUAUACCUGAUUUAUAGGUAAUACCUAAUUAUAUACUUGAAAGGGAUUACAUGUUUUAUUGGUUUUUAUGUAUGUAGUUAGUAUUGAAAAUAUAGUUGUACUAAAUCGAA